AUGGGUCGUCCCACCGGCUCUGCCGCCAUCCUCUUCUGCUGCAUCUGCGUCGUCGCAUUGUCGUCGUCCAUGGCCGUCGUCGGGUCCGCCGCCCCGGAGGAAACCCCAAUGGGCGCCCUUGAGUGCUCCGAUAACAUAACGAAGACAACGCCAGCGCGCAAGCUGGGCGCUGUUGAAGGCAACGGGGUGUGUCCCGUGCGGUUCGACCACGCGCGCGGGAUCAGCGCGGUGGCCGGCAGCUGCAGGGACCGGCCGGUGCCGUCGGCGGAGCGGUGCUGCGGGGCGUUGAAGACCUUUGCGUGCCCCUACAGCGAGCUCAUCAACGACAACGACCACAACGGGUGCGCCAGCGACAUGUUCUACCAGAUCAUCGUCCGCGGCAGGCUGCGGCCGGGCCUCUUCUCGCAGCUGUGCGUCGAAGGCCCGCUGGGCCUCCAGUGCUGA